CAGCUUGCACUUCUGGGGCCCAGUAGCCAACUGGGGUCUCCCCAUCGCCGCCAUCAAUGACAUGAAAAAGUCUCCGGAGAUUAUCAGUGGGCGGAUGAUGUUCGCCCUCUGCUGUUACUCUCUGAGGUUCAUGAGAUUUGCCUACAAGGUGCAGCCUCGCUACUGGCUCCUGUUCGUGUGCCAGGCCACCAACAAGGUGGCCCAGCUCAUCCAGGGCGGGCGGCUCAUCAAAUCCAACAUGAAUAAGAAGGCAGCAGCGUGACCGGGCAGGGAGGCGCUGCCUGCUCCUGGGCCUCUGGCUCAGUCACCAGGAUGCCCUGCUGAGGAAGACCCGCUGAGUGCCGUUUUACUAACCCAACCAUUUCCACCCACAGCGAGAGCCCCUGAGCCCCUGACCCGCCCCGGCUGCCUCCCAAGUACUGACUACUCUCCUCCCCCAACCAGUCCUCACAGGCAGUCAUUCCCUGCUUCCCAGCCAUGCUUUCUCUGAGGCCGUGUUGUUAUCUGUUAGAGUUUACUGAACGCGCAACGGAAGAGAACAAAGCCUGUGACUCUCAGACCCGAGUGCUCAGAACUCUUGCCUUGUUCUGUAAUGACCAUGAGACAACCCCAGCUACACCCUUCAGAUCUCACCCCAGGGUCUGAAAAGUGUCCGUUUCCAUGCAGUGUGUAUACUGAAAUGCUGUGACUUAACGGCAAUAAAUGACUUAAAUAUUU